UUUCAUGGGGACUAGAAUUUGAGACUUCACUUUAAGGGUCAGACGGGCUGAUCCUGCCAGGGACGAUGAAAUAGUUUCAGGGAGGAGGAAGCGCCGCUGGAGUUCCAAUUGUGGGAGCGUUCGAUCGGGCGAGCGAGGCCGAGAAAGCACCACGUAGUGCUUCCAGAGCUGUCUACCCUCUCUACACGCCACGCGUUCCUCUUUCCUUCCUCCAGCCCCUUCUCUCUCUCUCUCUCUCUCACUCAGGCUAUUAUUCCUUCCUUUCGCUUCUUCUCCUUCCGAGCUCCGACUGACGCAGUUCUGAAUAGGCCUCGAAGCGCCAGCAUUCCGUCGCGAUUAAAGGGGUAAAGGUUUCCAAUGAGGGCGGUUGUUUCGCGGCUGAUCCGCUCGAACUCAUUGGCGGUCCAAUUCCAAGUUGCUGGUAGAAAUGGAAGAUACCUGUGCACAGAAUCUAAUAAGGUUGAUGAACCUUUUAAAGUCGAGGAAGCAGAGACUGUCGACGCCCCUCCACCUCCCACAGAGAAGUUGCUGGUGCUGGGCGGGAAUGGAUUUGUCGGAUCACAUAUAUGCAGAGAAGCCCUAAAUCGUGGAGUGGCUGUUGCAAGCCUCAGCAGGUCUGGGAGGUCGAAAUUGCAUGAUUCUUGGGCCAACAGUGUGACCUGGUAUCAAGGAAACCUUCUUGAACCUGAGUCACUAAAGGAUGCAUUGUCUGGGGUCACUGCAGUUAUCUCAUGUGUCGGUGGGUUCGGAUCCAAUGCCUACAUGUACAAAAUUAAUGGAACUGCAAAUAUAAAUGCCAUUAGAGUUGCUUCAGAACAAGGUGUCAAAAGAUUCGUGUAUAUCUCCGCUGCUGACUUUGGUGUAGCAAAUUAUUUACUACAGGGAUACUAUGAGGGAAAGAGGGCUGCAGAGACAGAGUUGCUUACUAAAUUUCCUUAUGGAGGAGUAAUAUUGAGACCUGGAUUCAUUUAUGGAACUCGUACUGUUGGAAGCAUGAAGAUACCUCUUGGCGUCAUUGGUUCACCUAUGGAAAUGGUCCUUCAACAUGCUAAGCCACUUACCCAGAUCCCACUCGUCGGGCCCCUAUUCACUACCCCUGUCAAUGUCACUGCUGUUUCAAAGGUGGCAGUUAGAGCUGCGACGGACCCCGUGUUCCCUCCAGGCAUUGUAGAUGUACAUGGGAUACUUAGAUACACCCAGCAGAAGUCGAGGUAGAGAAGAGCCAUGGCAUCUGUCUUUAUUCAUCUUGUUCCUACAGUUCUCGUCGAGACUUGACACCUUGUCAAAUCUCGCUUUUCCUGGAGCCUCUUAGGACCAAGCUCUUUGGUGUUUAAGUUUGAGAAGAGGCAUAGCGUUUCAGUUGACAACUCAAUUGCAAUAAAGGAGGGUCUCCACCAGAGAUCAGACGAGCAAAUUUUUUGGUUUUAUUAUUUUCAAUUGCGAGUAGAGUUCAGUUCAACCUGUUUUGUGAAGAAUUGUAGGUGCUGUUUCGGUGUAGGAUAUGAUACAAAAGACCACUUAAAGAUGCCUUUCUUUGGUCAGGGAUUGUGCCUUCUCAUCGUGCUACGAAGUUCAAUGCAAUAUUUGUCCGUACAGUAAAAGGAUCA